AUGAGGAAGAUUCAUGCUACCAACCCCGAGGUUUACUUUGUCAACUACGCAGAGGGAGAGAGCCCAACUCUUCCUAUUGGCGUGGAUCUCGAGACUGCUCUUAACGCUGCCGCUAGUGCUGGUGGUCAAGUGAUCGGAGGCGCCGGAGGAGCAGGUGGCUUUGGAGGCGAUGGAGGAUUUGGCGGUAGUGGAUCAGGUGGCUUUGGAGGCGAUGGAGGAUUUGGCGGCAGUGGAGCAGGUGGUUUUGGCGGUAGUGGUGGAAGUGGAGGAUUCGGUAGUACAAGUGGAGUAAGUGGAGGUUUCGAUGGUGGAAGUGUAGGCUUUGGCGGAAGUGGAGCAGGAAGUAGUGGAGGAUUUGGAGGAAGUGGAAGCAGUGCUGGUACCUCAUCCACGUUGUAUUCUGGUCCUUAA